AUGGCUUCUCCCGGCAGCGAAUCUCCGGCGUUGGCCCCUUCUGCCUCGCCUGCUAACGUUCCAUCUCAGCCACCUCCCCCGGCUGACAACAGAAACAUUGUCCGAAGAAAGCUUACUGGCUAUGUUGGUUUUGCCAACCUACCUAACCAAUGGCACCGAAAGAGUGUUCGUAAGGGAUUCAACUUCAACGUGAUGGUUGUUGGUGAGUCUGGCUUGGGCAAGUCUACUCUGGUCAACACUCUGUUCAACACCUCCCUGUACCCCCCCAAGGAGCGCAAGGGACCCAGCCUCGACAUUAUUCCCAAGACUGUUACUAUCCAGUCCAUUAGUGCCGACAUUGAGGAGGCAGGUGUUCGUCUCCGCCUGACCGUUGUCGAUACACCAGGUUUCGGCGAUUUCGUCAACAACGACGAGUCCUGGCGCCCUAUCGUCGACAACAUCGAGCAGCGAUUCGACUCUUACUUGGAUGCUGAGAACAAGGUUAACCGCAUGAACAUUGUUGACAACCGUAUUCACGCAUGUGUCUUCUUUAUCCAACCCACCGGCCACUCCCUGAAGCCUCUUGACAUUGAGGUCAUGCGCCGACUUCAUACCAAGGUCAAUCUGAUCCCCGUCAUCGCCAAGGCUGAUACUCUUACCGACGAGGAGAUUGCUGCCUUCAAGUCACGAAUUCUCGCCGAUAUCAAGCACCAUGGCAUCCAGAUCUUCGAGGGACCUCGAUACGAGCUUGAUGAUGAAGAGACGAUCGCCGAGAACAAUGAGAUCAUGUCCAAGGUUCCCUUCGCUGUUGUUGGUGCCAACAACGAGAUCACAAGCGCCGAUGGUCGCAAGAUUCGGGGUCGUGCCUACCCUUGGGGCAUCAUUGAGGUGGAUAACGAGGAGCACUGCGAUUUUGUCAAGCUUCGACAAAUGCUCAUCCGAACACACAUGGAGGAGCUCAAGGAGCACACCAACAACCAACUCUACGAGAACUACCGUACCGACAAGCUGCUCGCCAUGGGCGUGUCGCAAGACCCCAGCGUUUUCAAGGAGGUCAACCCUGCUGUCAAGCAGGAGGAGGAGCGUGCCCUGCACGAGCAGAAGCUAGCCAAGAUGGAGGCCGAGAUGAAAAUGGUCUUCCAACAGAAGGUGGCAGAGAAGGAGAGCAAGCUCAAGCAAUCCGAAGAGGAACUGUACGCCCGCCACAAGGAGAUGAAGGAGCAACUCGACCGCCAACGACUGGAGCUCGAGGACAAGAAGCAGCGAGUCGAAAGCGGACGGCCACUAGAGAAGGAAGGCAAGCGAAAGGGAUUCUCUCUUCGCUAA